GACUGAGGACAGACGAUGGUGGAGCUCAUUCCCAGUUACUGUGCGCAGCUGCACAGUAGUAGGUUCCAGGCGGUGCUGCCAGCUCCCGGUGGAUCACUGGUAGACAUUGAGCCAUGCCAGUGUUACGCUAGACCCGGUGUCCACCAGCGUGGUGUAGGGGACCCCUUCAAAAUGGAUGGGGACAUGGCAGAAGUCUCCCACCAUCAUUCUCCCCACGACUACAGCAGACGGGAUCGGCAGACCGAUGCAGGAGAUCAUACUGAUGCUGAACAAAGCCUGGAAGGGCAUACACCAGUUGCAGAUAACCCGCAUGCAGAAUACGGUCUUACAGAAAAUGUACAGAGAAUACUUGAAAAUGAGAAGACCAAUACAGAAAAGGUAUCGAAACAGAAAGUGGAUCUCCAGUCCCUUCCCACACGUGCAUACCUGGACCAGACUGUUGUGCCUAUUCUUCUACAAGGACUCUCUGUGUUGGCAAAAGAAAGACCUCCAAAUCCCAUCGAAUAUCUAGCGGCAUAUCUGCUGAAGAACAAGUCACAGUUUGAGGAUCGAAAUUAAUACCCUGGAGUGGACAAACACUGAUGCAUCACCAAGAAGAUCUAUAAUUAACAUAAAUAAGUCUUGUUUUUCUUUAAUUGAAAUACUUGCAUAUUAGUGGGAUUACAAAUGUUGUUUUUUCUAUUUUUUUCAGUGCGGAAUAGUGUAAUUGCAGAUGCCAAUUUGUUAUUAAGUUGCUUUAUUAACAAUAAAUAUGAAAAGUGAACAUUGAGAUAAA